UGGUUGGAUAGAAUUGUCGUUUGCGUAAUCAUUAAGCGACGCAAAAAACUAUGCUCAAACCCGACAUUUUUAAAUAGCCACGCUGCUUUUGUGGCCGCAAUUUUGUUUAUGCGCAGGACUAAUCGAUUAAAUGGCAACCUUCAAAACCAUGCCGUGGUCAAUUGGGGAGGUGCGGACGUUCCUCUGUUUGAUAGCCGACGAAAGAAUCCAGCGAGAGCUGGAGGGUGCAACGCGUAACCAGAAGGUGUACCAGGAAGUCUCUGAACUGUUGAUCGUACACGGCUACCAAAGGACAUUUCAACAGUGUAGGGUAAAGUUAAAAAAACUUAAAAGCGACUAUAGGUCUAUCAGGUACCACAAUGUACGCCGGAGUAGUUCGAGAAGGAAGAGUUGGAAAUGGUUCGAAAAGAUGGACGCCAUUUACGGCCAUAGACCGGCAAGCAAAGGGAAGGGCGACCUCGAAUCCCUGAAUCAGGAUCAGCUUUAUUGGCCAAAAGACGUUUCGAUAAGCAAGGAGGACCCUGAUGAUGCCCCAUUGGUACCAGCAGCAAUGACAACCUCCGACGCCAACACUACACCUCAGCAGGAGAGGAGCUUACAGUUGGCCUUCGAGAAUGCAGUGCGAGCGAGGGAGCUGGAAACGGCUUUGAGGAGGGAGCAGAAUGCUGAAACUGCAGCCUUCCAUCAGGCCUGCCUUGGUACACUGAGACAGCUCAUGCAGGUGUUUAGUGGCCCGCAUGACCCGGUUUCUCCGGAACCAGUAUCAGCACCGACACAGGCAACCUCCAGCACAACACCGCAGGAUGUGUUCACAGGCAGGAGGGAACAGCCUCUGGGGGAGGAGCGUCUGGCUGUCCUGAGGGAGAUGCUGGAGGUAGACGAGGAGCAGCAGGAGCUGAGCAGGCCGCAGCAGGAGAGGAGCUUACAGUUGGCCUUCGAUGAUGCGGUGCGAGCGAGGGAGCUGGAAGCAGCCUUGAGGAGGGAGCAGAAUGCUGAAACUGCAGCCUUCCAUCAGGCCUGCCUUGGUACACUGAGACAGCUCAUGCAGGUGUUGAGUGGCCGGCGUGACCCGGUUCCUCCACCCCUGGACUAGAGACUCCUUAUGUAUAUAGUUAUAUACAGUAUAUAUAUAUAUAGUUUGCACUCUUUUUUUACUUGCAUUACUCUACAUUUAACUUGUAUUUAACAUGUAACUUAUGGACAUGGUUUUUGGUGCUGCAUUUGAACAUUUAUUUUGUUCUAUUUAUGUAUCUAGAUUGCACAUGUUUCUUAAAUCGUUUUGUAACUUGUUACACUUGCAUUUACAUUGCACUUUUUUAAUGUAGUUUAUUUUUUACUUUCUCAAUUCUGACGUGCCGACACCGGGAUGUGCGGGCUGCAGUGGCUAUUAUAGCACUUAAAAGCGCGCAGACAUGGAAUUCUGCGGACAUGCCCCAGUUUGUGUUUUCCGUUAAUGAACUAUUGAACUGAUCACGUAACUGUCUGGAACUACUGUUUAAAAGAGUGCUCAGAUAAUGUCAAGCUCUGAGCCCUUCUCAGCCAGACAUUGUUUUGGUACUGUUUUAAAACUGCUCCUUCUUGCUGCAAGAAUAAACAGAUAGGCCUAGACAAGUUUUUCUGACCUCCGCCAAAUUCUUUUAACCAUAUAAUUAUUGGGGCCCACCACCCAUGGGAUAAAACCUGGGAGUCAGGGGUGCUGCUACAUGAGUGGCAGUGAAGGCCAGGGGUCUCGACGGACCAGAGGCUGCAGAGGGCGGCAGAGGCUGGCUCUGGGGACGUGGAACGCUACGGGGGACGGAGCCGUCUGCUUUUGAAUCAAUUUAACUGUUGAAAUGUAGAUUAGGCUACGGCUGACGUUCGUUCUUUGUGUGAUAGACAGACGAAAAUGUGCAAUGAUACUGGACACAGAAAUUGCUAUAUUUGAUUGGCUUAGAUGGUUUUGGGAGCGGUGUUCCCGCCUCCCUCUACAGAGGCUGUACAAAAUGCCGUCUAUCGGCAGGGAUUGUAAGAGUGCAUGUUGGAAGAUGAUUAAGAACGGACACGUGCUUGACACCGCGAGCGGUUCUCAAGGGAGAGAAAGAAGAGAGACUGCCGCUGUCCGAAUGAUAACCAGACAGUUGAGAUCGCGUCUUUGAGAACUGUUUGUCUGGAUAUUCGCAAUGUCUGCAAGUUCUGAUUCGAGGGAUGGAUUCUUUAGCUCUCUGCGAGGGGAACGAUGGCGCGGACGUCCCUACGGCUGGAGGGUCCAAACGUCAGAGGAGUCCUCGCCUGGCUGUGAGCCAGCCCGUUUCGCUCGAGGACUGGAUCUCAAUUUUUCUGGACGUGUGCGAGGAGGAGCCGGCUGCUCCCGUUCCUCGCAAGGCUCCUGGGAAGAGCAAGCGGGGUUCAGCCGCAGAUGCUGGUUUGGCCAAGAAACCCCGGCAGGGGUCCUCGGCUGGCCCGGUCGUGUCGCAGCCGGAUCCCGUGCUGGCGGCUCUGGUCGGCCUUCAGGGCACGCUGGCUUUGGUGGAUGCCCGCCUGCAGCACCUCGAGGGAACCAGGGCCCUGGUCGGUGCUCCUGCAUCCCCGCCAGUGGUUCGGCUUACUCCGCAGGAGAUACGACCCUGCUACACACUGGCCAGCGCGGUGCCCGUCGUAGCCUCCGGGCCCUCCCUCCUACCUCCGAUGGCAGCUCUCCUGGAUGACCUCCCUGAUCACAUCUUGGCAGGCUAACCAAAACCCUGACAUUGGCUGAAUUCGUGGUCGCAUUCUGGGUAUUCCGACUUCAUGUGUGAGGGGUUCCCUGAGAGGCGUGUGGAACUGGAUACGUAUCUGGCCAUCAUCGCUGACCUCGCACUGUCAUACGGGGGAGGCCUGUUCUACAGAUACCACCAGGGCUUUUCCGCAAAGGCCGCCCUGCGCAUUCAGCGUUUCAUCCAACGCUUGGACAGGUCCGUGCUGGAGCUGGUCGGCCGCACGUUCACUGGGCUCCGUCCUUUGUGUUGUUCUGUGUGCGGAUCUUUCACCCCUUCUACCGGGCUUUGCCCUCACACGGGAGUGCUCGGACAGCCAUCCUGCCCUCGCCGGUUCCGGCAGGUGGGGAAGGCCCCGAAAUGAUUAAACACCCUUUAACCCCUGUUGACAUUGGUCGUCUUUCCAGAGCCCUGAGUGGACACCCUAAUCGAUGUUUUGUUAAAUAUCUCCUCACUGGGUUGCGGUAAGGUUUUAUGGCUGGGGUUGGAUGUUUGGAUGUAUAUGUGUAUGGCAGUGGGCAAACAUGAGAUAAUAAUGAGAUAACAUAUUGUCCUACUGCAGU